ACAGGAUUCCUUUCAAAAAGACUAGAAGGGCAGUUGAGGGUGGUGGGGCAACAAGUAAAGUCAAAACGCAACUUGGAAUACAAUUUAGAAAGGCGUUUUAAGUCUUAUUUUUUAGAGAGAGAAACCAAAGAGGGAGAACGAUGGCGGACGUCGUCGAAGACGAAGAGAAGUGGCUCGCCGCUGGAGUCGCCGGCCUCCAGCAGAACGCUUUCUACAUGCAUCGCGCCCUGGACUCGAAUAAUCUUAGAGAUGCUUUGAAGUAUUCUGCUCAGAUGCUAUCAGAGCUUCGGACUUCAAAGCUUUCUCCUCACAAAUACUACGCACUCUAUAUGCGAGCAUUUGAUGAGUUGAGGAAGCUGGAGAUGUUCUUUAAGGAAGAAGCAAGGCGUGGUUGCUCCAUUAUUGAUCUGUAUGAGCUUGUUCAGCAUGCUGGGAACAUACUGCCCAGAUUGUAUCUCCUAUGCACGGUAGGGUCUGUAUAUAUCAAAUCCAAGGAAGCUCCUGCUAAGGAUGUUCUUAAAGAUCUGGUUGAAAUGUGCCGUGGGAUUCAGCAUCCUGUGCGUGGGCUGUUCCUCAGGAGUUAUCUUGCUCAAGUUAGUCGGGAUAAAUUACCUGACAUUGGUUCUGAGUAUGAAGGGGAUGCAGACACUGUCAUGGAUGCCGUUGAGUUUGUGCUCCAAAACUUCACAGAGAUGAACAAAUUAUGGGUGCGGAUGCAGCAUCAGGGGCCUGCCCGCGAAAAGGAGAAACGGGAGAAAGAAAGGAGCGAGCUGCGUGAUCUUGUUGGAAAGAAUCUUCAUGUGCUCGGUCAGAUAGAGGGUGUUGACCUCGAGAUGUACAAGGAUGUUGUUCUCCCUAGAGUCCUUGAGCAGGUUGUUAACUGUAAAGAUGAGCUUGCACAGUACUACCUAAUGGAUUGCAUAAUUCAAGUCUUUCCUGACGAAUAUCAUUUGCAAACUCUUGACGUAUUAUUGGGUGCUUGCCCGCAACUUCAGCCAACUGUUGACAUCAAAACUGUGCUAUCUAGAUUAAUGGAAAGGCUUUCAAAUUAUGCUGCUUCAAGUAUAGAUGCAUUGCCUGAGUUCUUGCAAGUAGAAGCCUUUUCAAAGUUGAACAAUGCCAUUGGAAAGGUGAUAGAAGCACAAGUUGACAUGCCUGUUCUUGGAGUGAUAACUUUGUAUUCUUCUCUUCUCACAUUUACUCUCCAUGUCCACCCUGAUCGACUUGAUUAUGCUGAUCAAGUAUUGGGUGCAUGUGUUAAAAAGCUCUCUGGAAAAGAAAAGCUUGAAGACAGCAAAGCAACAAAACAGAUAGUUUCACUUUUAAGUGCUCCACUUGAGAAGUAUAAUGAUAUUGUUAUUGCCCUAAAACUUUCAAAUUAUCCUUGUAUCAUGGAAUACCUUGACAGCGAAACAAAUAAAGUCAUGGCCACUGUUAUUAUUCAAAGCAUUAUGAAGAACAAAACUCGCAUUUCUGCGGCUGAUAAGGUUGAAGCUUUGUUUGAACUAAUAAAAGGUCUUAUUAAGGAUUUGGAUGGAACUGUUCAUGAUGAGGUUGAUGAAGAUGACUUCAAGGAGGAGCAGAACUCUGUCGCACGUCUUAUCCAGAUGCUGUAUAAUGAUGAUGUAGAAGAGAUGUUUAAGAUUAUAUGUACCGUGAGGAAGCAUAUCUUAACUGGUGGACCAAAACGUCUACCCUUUACCAUUCCUCCUCUUGUCUUUUCUUCACUUAAGUUGGUUAGACAGCUGCAAGGCCAAGAUGAAAAUCCUUUUGGUGAGGAGGAAUCUACCACACCAAAGAAGAUUUUCCAGCUUUUAAAUCAGACUGUUGAAACUUUGUCUAAUGUUCCAGCCCCUGAAUUGGCAUUACGGUUGUACUUGCAGUGUGCUGAGGCUGCAAAUGACUGUGAUUUAGAACCAGUGGCGUAUGAAUUUUUCACCCAAGCAUACAUUUUAUAUGAGGAAGAAAUUUCAGACUCAAGGGCUCAGGUAACUGCAAUACAUCUGAUAAUAGGAACUCUUCAGAGGAUGCAUGUAUUUGGUGUUGAAAAUAGGGAUACUUUAACGCACAAGGCUACAGGGUACUCUGCAAAACUUUUGAAGAAGCCUGAUCAGUGCAGAGCUGUUUAUGUCUGCUCACAUCUUUUCUGGGUUGAUGAUCAGGAGAACAUCAAAGAUGGAGAGAGGGUUUUGCUUUGCCUUAAGCGUGCAUUAAGAAUUGCAAAUGCUGCUCAGCAAAUGGCCAACGCAGCUCGUGGUAGCACUGGUUCAGUCACAUUGUUUGUUGAGAUACUAAACAAGUACCUAUAUUUCUUUGAGAAGGGGAACCCACAAAUAACAGUUGCUGCUGUCCAAAGCCUAAUUGAAUUGAUUACAACUGAAAUGCAAAGUGACUCUAGCACACCAGAUCCAGCAGCGGAUGCUUUCUUAGCAAGCACAUUGAGGUAUAUAGAAUUCCAGAAACAAAAAGGUGGUGCCAUAGGUGAAAAAUACGAUUCUAUCAAGGUUUGAUGCUGGAUAUUUCACGUGGCUUGAGGUGAUUCCAUUAUGUUGGAGCUUUGGAGGGUCUUUUGCUUUGGACUUCUACCACGAGUGUGGUCUUCAAAUUGGUUAUUUCCUCAAGGGAAUUGCAUUUGUUUGUAUACCCUGGUGGUCGAAGUAGCAACAUCAUGCAAUCUUGGUUCAAUUAAUCAGCAGAAGAAAUUUGUAUUCACAUCUGUUACUGUGUAUUCACCAUUUUUCUCUUUCUUUAGGAGUUUUAAUCAUAGGGAGUAGUGACUCGAAUACCAACUAUACAAAAUCUUGUGCUUGAACAGAAUUGCAACACUCAAACCUUUUGUUAUAUAACUGUUGAAAUAAGUUGAACAGACAAUGAUGCUUGAUGCUUCAUCUAUCAUGAUUUCCAUUUCCUCGACACGGUUACUUCGCAGGCUACAAGAUUGAAAACCUUGGUUUGUUACUACUGCCUAACGUAUACUGCUCUGCACGACCUGGGGAGGAUCUGUCUGUGGUUUCCUAAUCUCCAUGAGAAUUAAUUCUCUUCGAUGCCGUUCAGGUAGAGCUCAGAAGAAAGGUUUCUCGCCUGCAGUUUCCUUUUCCCUUAAGAGUUAAUUCUCUUUGAUGCCAUUCCAAUAUAUAGCUCAGGAGAAAGGCUUCUCAUCAACCAGGAGAAAUCUGGAGACAUAUACGGAGGGAGACGUAUACAGAGGAAGAGGGGCCUGUAGGGAGAGUGGUUGUCCUGUUUUUUGUUUUUGGUGUGGAGGGAAGUGGAUGCAGACUAGAGGGCAUAAAUUGAGAGAGGAAAAGUAAUGAGAUAUGAAUCACCAAUCUUCCCCUUGGAGAUGCAACUUGCACACAGGGAAUGGGACCUUGAGGACUACUACAUGAAAGAUUCCGGCAACGGCACCGCCCUGGCCAGCCAUUUUCUAUCAUAUUAUUUCCCUCAAUGUAAACAAUAGGCAUGGCAUAAGCAUUUCUGCUCUUGUAAUCAACUACCCCUGCACUG